CACCAUCAAAAAUGUUAACGUGCAAAUUGCACGUUUCACAAAAUGGCUGUCGAUAUCAGGUUGGCGAGCGCAUGCGAACGAUUAAAACCCGAAAAUGUUGAUGAAUUGUCGAAUCUAGUCACUCCAGGUGAUGUCAUUACAUCUGACACUGGAUUUAUGAGAGGCCAUGGGACGUUUAUGGAAGAUGGUGGACAUCACGCUUCAGUUGCUGGAGUCGUACAAAGAGUUAACAAGCUUAUCUGUGUCAAACCUCUCAAAACAAGAUAUAAUGGUGAAGUUGGAGACAUUGUAGUUGGAAGAAUACUUGAGGUUGGUAUGAAACGUUGGAAAGUUGACACACAUGCAAAAUUGGACUCGGUGCUUAUGCUUUCCUCUGUGAAUUUACCUGGUGGUGAAUUGCGCAGGAGAUCAGAAGAAGAUGAAAAGUUGAUGAGACAUUAUCUAAAAGAAGGAGAUCUGAUCAGUGCGGAAGUUCAGUCAGUAUUCAAUGACGGGUCAUUAUCUCUUCAUACCAGAUCAUUGAAGUAUGGCAAGUUAGGCCAGGGAUCACUAUAUCUAGUUUCGCCAUCUCUGAUAAAAAGACGUAAAACACAUUUUCACUAUUUACCAUGUGGGGCCACUGUGAUACUUGGAAACAAUGGAUAUGUGUGGAUAUGUCCAACUGAAGGGGAGGUAUCAGAACAGACAGGUGGAUAUGAACAAAAUUUAGAGCCUGUAUUGAGAUCUGAUCGUGAAGUUGUGGCCCGGCUCGGUAACUGUGUACAGGCUCUUGCAGACCACAAAAUGAUGCUGUAUGACACAAGUAUUCUCUACACAUACGAAGCCUCUCUUAAAUUUCCUAUAAAGGAUAUAAUGAAGCCUGAGGUUAAGACAGAGAUAAUAGACUUAGCAAGACAGAGGUUAGAACGGGAAGGAACUUGAGACUGAGAUUUAUUGUGGUGUUUGUUUCAACAAUAUUACACUUGUACUGUAUGUGACGAAGUGCAGAAUGCAGAAUUAUUAAUGAGGCAUGGAAAAGGCAACACUGAAAGAUGCAAGACAUUUUUGUAUGAGCCUGACAUACUUAUUGUUGUGUGAGGAAUGAAAAAGUGGAUACGUGUCGCCAAAAGUUGGUACAGAAGUGGCUGUACAGUGUAACUUCUGUCAAGGACACAUCAAAAACAGCAAACUCCUCUGUAAAGACAUAUACAUUUAAUUAAUGGAAGUUCUUUGUUAAAUAACCUGUAAAGAGCCUAUGACGAUUCUGCAAGAAAGACAUUCUAGUUUUUCAAACCAAUGUUUGUCGGGAGAGGUUACAAUGUUAUUUAAGAAGCAAGGAAAAAUACAAAAAGAAUAUUUUGCGGCUGGAAGAACUUUUGACACUUAACAGAACAGUAAUGUAAAGCCAAAUACACCAACUGUGGAAAACAUUAUACAUAAAUAUUGGAGACUCAUUUUCAUGGUUGUACCAUGCCACAAAAUUAAAUCCGGACAAAUAUAUAAAA